AAGAUUCAUUGGGGAUGAAGGAUGUACCCACACAAUUCAUAGCAACUCUACUAAAGUUUUUUCAAGUCAAGGAUCUCAUAACAAAGGAAGUUCACAAUUAACACUUAAAAAUUUUGUUAAUUUUAAUUGGGAUCAAUGUUAUUACCGUGGGCAAUUGAUUGCCUUGCAUAUAAGUGAGAAGUACAUAGCUUAUGGCUUCUCUAAUACGGACACUUAUGAGGGUUUGGUUCGCAUUGUCAAAACAGAGAGUAAUGAAAGAGCAUUAGUUAAAGGUUUUUCAAAUUUAAUUGAAGAUAUAAGUUUUGCUCAUCUUUAUGAAAUAAUAAUGUUGGGUUGUAUUGACCAAUCUGGAACCACUUAUGUGUAUGUCAUAAAAGAAGAGAGCUGUUCAUCUCCAAAACUUAGAGUUUUUCCAGUUUUUCAAAUCAACGGGGAUCCAUCAUAUUGUUUUAAAAAUAAAUAUCUGUUAUCUUGGUGUCAAUAUAUACCGGAACAGGUUAAUUAUUUAAAAGAACUUGAAUUUGAAUCAACUUAUAAAGGAAAAAUGUUGGCAGUGGUUCGUGCUUCAGAAGUUGAAAUAUGGCAUGUUGGCACUGCCAGCAGCUUAACAUCUGGUCCAGUUUUUUCUAAUAUCAAUUUGAAUAAAGUAUUAGAUAAAAAUGUUUUAAGUAAAAUUUCUGACUCAGUUAUAAAAAUCAAUUUGAAAGAGGCUGAUAUUAUUAGUUUAUCAUUUUCUCCAGAUGGUUCAACUAUAUCAUUAGCUUUGAGUAAUGGAUCUAUUUAUUUCUAUCAAGUAUCUUUUGAUCAUAUUUCCGAUACACCAAAAUGCGUAUUUACAUGGCAUCCUAAAGAAAUAUUUUUGUCUUUAAAAUCUUUGGCAUUUUUAGACAACCGUAAAACUAUUGAUGGAGAUGUAGAACUUUGGAAGUAUGUAGUGACUUUAUCUAAACAUGACGAAAUUAUUUUAUGGUCUUGUGAAACAUGGACAUCUCUUCAAACAGUACAAUUUAUUCGACCUUCCACAAAACUAAAUCCCAUGAAGCUCACAGUUGAUGGAACUGGAAGAUAUAUAUUUUUGAGUGACAUCGACAAUAAUUUAUUAUAUGUCAUGGAGGUAGCUGAUGACAUUCAGUCUGCUAAAAAAAACAUAAAAAUAGUUGGUAUUACUGAAGUUUUGCUACAAAGUCCCAUGUUAAACAUGAUAAUUGUUGAUGCUAAAAUUGAUCAUAAUGAUUUAGAUAUUACAGAUAAUCACAAUUCAAAUAAUAUUACAACCAGUUCUUGUAACUAUACAACAGUUAUUAAUUUAUUUGCAAUACAACCAAAGUCACUACAAGAAGGACAAUUAAUUAUUGUAUCUCCAGAAUUAUCUAUUGCGGAACAAUAUAAAGACCAGAAUAAAAUUGAACCUGCAAAUAUAUUCCCAAAACCACCAAUGAUAGAUCUUCUCAUUGAAACAGUUAAUCCCACUACAAAUAAAUCUGAAGGUAAUUAUGAAAAAAUAACACAACAUGUUAAUUUUUAUAAAUAA